GCUUUCAGGAUCUCUAUGGCAAAGGAGAAUACAAAGCAGCCGUGCGCAGCCCACGCACUGAAGACCACCGCCUUGCUCCUGACGCACGGCUGAGUCAGCGGGGACGCGCGUAAUUGACAAUUCCCAAGACAUAAAAAGCGCGCACGUGGCUCCAUCCCGGCCUCAACCUGCGAGCUUAUAAAGGAGUGGAACUUAAGCGCCGAGUCUCCAGACACGAGUAAACACCGAGUGGAUGUCUCGCAGAUUUAAAGCAGGGGGAACUUGACAUCAGGUAAAGAAACACGAUGGAGCUGAAACCUAUAUUGAAGAAGCUGGGCUCGAUACUCCGAGCCAUCUUCACCUUCCUCUUUGCUCUGCUGGUCUUGGGUGUGAUGGUGUGGGCCUACGUGGAGGGUUUCCAACUGGUCACCUCCAUGUACGGAAUCAUCUCCUUUGGCUUUUAUGGACUCCUCCUGUCAUUGCACGUGUUGAUCCAGAGCCUAUUCGCCUUCAUUGAGCACCGGCGAAUGAAAGCCCGCACAGAUUCGUGCACCUUCACCAAAACCAUUGGCUUCACUAUAUCUGCCUUCCAGGAGGACCCCGUCUAUCUCCGAGAGUGUCUCAACUCCAUUAGGGCCCUCAAGUAUCCGCCUGAGCUGCUGCGCAUCAUCAUGGUGAUAGACGGGAACAAAGACGAUGACCGAUACAUGAUGCAGAUGUUCAAGGAGAUUUUUGCUGACCAGGACCCUGGCUGUUUUGUGUGGAGCAACAACUACCAUUCAUGGGACCCCACCAAGGCCCAGCAGGAUGUGGAGACAGGAAUAGAGAUGGGCCCGGGAGGGGAUGCUGAUUAUAUUAUAGGAGAGGAUCCAGAGAGAAAAGAGGUAGAGCGCCUGAUCCAGAACAACAAGUGCGUGUGCAUCAUGCAGCAGUGGGGCGGCAAGCGGGAAGUGAUGUACACAGCAUUUAAAGCUCUCGGGGAUUCCGUUGACUACAUACAGGUGUGUGACUCAGACACCAAGCUGGACUCUCUGGCCACCGUGGAGCUGGUCAAAGUGUUGGAGAGCGACCCCAAGUACGGCGCUGUGGGAGGAGAUGUGAUGAUCCUCAACCUGAAAGAGUCUUACAUCAGCUUUAUGAGCAGUCUGAGGUACUGGAUGGCUUUCAACAUCGAGAGGGCCUGCCAGUCCUUCUUCAACUGUGUGUCCUGCAUCAGUGGACCUCUGGGUCUGUACAGAAACGAUCUUCUCCAGCAGUUUCUCGAGUCCUGGUACAACCAGACGUUCUUGGGAUCUCACUGCACAUUUGGCGACGACAGACAUCUGACCAACCGAAUGCUGAGCAUGGGCUAUGCUACAAAAUACACAGCCCGCUCCAAAUGCUACACGGAGACACCUGGUCAGUUUCUGCGCUGGCUCAACCAGCAGACUCGCUGGACAAAGUCUUACUUCCGCGAGUGGCUCUACAACGCGAUGUGGUGGCACAAGCACCACCUCUGGAUGACCUACGAGUCCAUCGUCUCAGGAAUCUUCCCCUUCUUCGUCACUGCCACCAUCAUCCAGCUGUUUUGGACAGGCUCUCUGUGGGACCUCCUCUGGAUCCUGUGCUGCAUCCAGCUGAUCGGGCUGGUGAAAGCAGCUUACGCCUGCAUCCUGCGCAGAGACAUGGUGAUGGUGUUCAUGUCCCUGUACUCGGCUCUGUACAUGACCAGCCUGCUGCCUGCAAAGUACUUUGCCAUACUCACCAUGAACAAAAGCAGCUGGGGGACAUCAGGCAGACGUAAGAUUGUAGGGAACUACAUGCCCCUACUCCCUCUGUCAGUGUGGGCGGCCAUUUUGUUAGGAGGGUUAGGCUACACAAUCUACAAGGAGAGUCAGAUGGACUGGACAACUGAAGCCAAGAUUAUGGAGACAGAGUUUCUUGUUUUUGGCUGUGUGGCUUACAUAUUUUACUGGCUGCUUAUGAUGUUACUCUACUGGGCCUGGUUCCGCAAGAUAUGUAGGAGACGCGCACAUAGUUACAAACUGAGCGUAUAGAACUAGUUAAGGAGGAUAAUUUAUUAAAAUUUAACCAACUACAUUAUUUAUUAUGUAGUCUAUUUCAUUUAUUUAUUUUACUCUCACUAUAAAAAGCCAAAGGACAUGAGCUUCUCAUGCAGCUACUUGACCAACCAAACGGCCAGAAUAAAUGUUAACCAACAUCUUAUUCUCAACUGGGCUGGCUAAACUGUAAACAACUAAAUCAUAUGUUUGCAGUAUAAAUAAGUGGGAAAAUGUACUUAUUACCAGAGAAUUUGGAAAAAGUAGAAAAUAUCACUAAUAUAUAUGUGGACAAAUGAUUGAUUCAUAUGGAGAUGUUGCUACACAUUUAUAUGAAACUGUACUGAGGGCCUGUGGGCCCACGCACUUCUCAGGUGUCAGACAAUGGUGGCAGGGAUGGCCUUCCAUCAGAUAUUUAUUUAUGAUAUCUAAAGAUGGGAAAAGUGAUAUUUAGAUUUUGUAUUUAAGGGUGUGGGCAAUGGAUCUUGGGUUGUGUGUACAUAGAUUACUUUAACAACACAAAGAUUUACAGUUUCUGAUGCUCUACCAUUUAAGUGGCCAUUGCUUUACCACUGUGGUUGUUAUUGCACUGGAUUCUGGACUGUAGCAUGACAGACCUACUUGAAAAGGGUAGUUAGAGUAUUGUACAGUGGAAAAGAUGUACAAGCAGAAAAAAGUAAACUGUACCUCUGUGAGAAAACUGGAAACUAAACAAUGAUAAUGACGCUGUGGCUGAGGACCAAAACAUGUGGUCACUCACUGACACCAUGGGGACUGAUGUGUUGCUGUAUACCUACUCUGAUGAUGGGUGUGUUGUGUACGACACACUUUGUUGAAUUUGUUAUUACAUAGGAAAAUGGACAAAAAAUAUUGCACAUUUUAAUAUUUUGUUUCUGAACAAAAAAGACUUUUUGUAAUGAAUGUGUAUUGUCUGAAAAUGUGAAAAAAAAACUUAAGGUUUUAAAUGUUGUGUACAAACAUUUGAAAAUAAAAUAUUUUUUCUAACAUGUA